AUGGUAACCCCUUUCGAUCUCGUGACAAAACGACUCAGAACAAUGCAUGCACGAAGAACCAAAGAGACUGCAAGAAGACCUAGGAAUCCCAACUCUGGUCAGAUUUCUCAAUCGUUUGUUCCUUCCUAUAGGGAAGAGCCAACUAAAGAAGGCUCAAGGUCUAAUCACAUCACUAUUGUCAAAAUUGUUACCCAAAUCCUAAAUGAGGACAAUGUUUCAUCCAAGAUCCCUGGUUCUGAGAAUCCUGUGCUUCCUAAGUCAAAUAUCAUUGGGGAUGUUAGUGACACCGCUGGCACCUAUGUCCCAACAAAAGAUGAAAUGAAUGAGAAUGUGCAUGUGAGUGGCAAGAAAAUAAAUGAUGUUAGUAUUGAUCACAUUGAAAUUCCUGGUGGUGCUGAACACAAUGAAGAGAUCCCCAGCAAUGUUUCUACUAACACGUGUAUAAAUCACACUAAGAAGGGCCAAACAAAAGAAAAAGAACCAGAGAAAACUCAGACUGACAAAGUAAUCAACCUUGAUGAUCUCUCUAAUGAUGACCUGGUUGCUUCCAUCAAUCCGAGCAUAGCCAGAAGGCUAAUGAGGAGGAAAGGAAAGCAAGUUGUAGAUGAGGUCUCUCAAAAAAAGAAGACAGUGGCUAAGUCCGUUUCUGUUAGACCAAAGAAGGCUUGGAGCAAAGUGGUGCCUAAGAAGAGAAAGGCCAUAAGAAGUUCUGAGAAUGAUGUACUCAGAUGGAAAUUUGUUUAUCAGAAAAGACUGGCCUUAGAGAGAGAACUUGCUCAGAAUGCUCUUGAGUAUGAUGAGAUUAUGAAUCUUAUUCAUGAGGCUAGACUAAUGAAGACUGUGACUCAACUCUCUAAGUGUUAUGAAGUCCUGGUGAAGGAGUUCCUUGUGAAUCUUCACGAAGACUGUGGCAUUAAGGAAACUGAGGAGUAUUUAAAAGUAUUUGUUAGAGGAAAAUGUAUUAACUUCUCGCCCACUGUGAUCAACAACUUUCUGGAAAGGUCAAAUGAAGCUCAGCUAGAGCUGGAAGUGUCUGAUAAUCAAAUGUGCAAAGAGAUUACUGUUGGUCAAGUGAAGACAUGGCCUGUCAAAGGGAAGCUGACUGUGAGCAAACUAAGUGUGAAGUAUGUUGUACUUCACAGGAUUGGAACUGCCAACUGGGUGCCAACUCAACACAAGUCUACAGUUUCUGCUCUCCUAGGUAAAUUCAUCUUUGCUAUUGGUACUAAGUCCAAAGUUGAUUAUGGAACUUAUAUUUUUAAGCAAACGUUAAAGCAUGCUGGUAGCUAUAGUGUCAAAGGUCCCAUUGCCUUCCCUUCCCUCAUUUGUGGAAUCAUCUUAAAACAAUUUCCCAAUAUUUUGACUGACAAAGAUUCUGUGUGCAAAAGAGCAAGCCCUUUAAUCUUUCAUCAUAAGCUCUUCCAAAGAACUCAUGUUCAUGAUGUUAACACAACUUCGGCUGGACCAUCAAAUGAGAACACAAUUAUGAAUACUGAUGUGGAGGAACAGGGUGAAGAUGAUGGUGGAUCAGACAGUGAGAUUGAGAAAGAAGCCAAUCCUAAAGAUUGCACUGAUAACAGUGUAGAAUUCAGUAGCUUUGAGUCUGAAGACUAA